GUUCAAAAAACGCUCCAUCUCCCAAACGUCAACCGAAUAUGUUUUCCACUUUUUAAGAAGAUAGGAUACAAUCAAAACCGUUGAUGUCGCGUGGAAAACAUAACGGAAGGCCCCCGGCGAAUUAAACCGAAAUGAGUAGCAAUAGCAGCAACCACCAGUUCUUGCAGCAAACAUCAACGCAGGAGACCCGGCGUUUUGGGGACAUAAAACACUGUACGCAAUUAUCGGAACAUUUUGGGACAUUAUGCACCAGUCAAGAGUAUUCCGAUAUUGUUUUAGUAGUCGAGGGACAAAAACUAUAUGCCCACAAGAUGAUUUUAGCUGCGCGAAGUGAAUAUUUUCGUGCAUUAUUAUAUGGUGGCAUGAAAGAGUCCUCACAAUCUGUAAUAACAUUAGCAGAUGCCCCACUGAAAGCGUUUAAAAUUUUAUUAAAAUAUAUAUAUUCUGGUCAAAUGUUUGUGAUGGCUUUAAAAGAGGAUGUAAUAUUAGAUAUAUUAGGUUUAGCUCAUCUCUACGGAUUCCAAGAUUUAGAAACAUCCAUUUCAGACAUUCUAAGACAAUUGUUGGUGUUAAAAAAUGUUUGCGCAAUUUUGGAUGCGGCCCGAUUAUACGGCUUGGAGCAAUUAGUGAAAGUAUGUCAUAAUUUUAUGGACGAAUUCGCUUCCGAUUUGUUACAACACGAUACGUUCUUGCAAUUAUCGCAGGGUUCUUUGGUUGAAUUGUUAAAACGUAACUCGUAUUUUGCACCGGAAGUGGAAAUUUUUAAAGGCGUCGCCCAGUGGUGUAAAGUUAAUGAAGACGUUGACAAUUUAGUAAUAAAUUGCAUCAGAUUGCCGUUAAUUACAGUCACCGAUUUGUUGUCAGUUGUUCGUCCCACUGGGUUGGUUCCAUCUGAUACAAUUUUAGAUGCUAUUGCUGAAAGAAACAAUUCAAGACUUUGCAACUUACCGCAUCGCGGUCGAAUGGUUGUUGAUGAAAAUGUGGCUAGCGCAAAAUACGGCGCUAAAGUGGUUACUGGAGAGCAAUUGGAGUACCUUUUGGAUGGCAACACUAGUAAGUACGAUAUGGAACAAGGAUACACAAGACAUGCAAUUAAUGGCGCAAGGGAUGAAGGAAUUAUUGUCAAGCUUGGUAUUCCUUAUAUUAUUAAUCAUAUACGCGUUUUGCUUUGGGAUAAAGAUUUGAGAUCAUAUUCAUAUUACAUUGAAGUAUCGCUCGAACAAAAAGACUGGGUAAGAGUCGUCGAUUACAGCAACUAUUUGUGCCGUUCUUGGCAAGACCUUUACUUUGAUAGCAGAGUGGUUCAGUUCAUCAAAAUCGUUGGCACCAAUAACACAGUCAACAGGGUGUUUCAUCUUGUCGCCCUUGAAGCAAUGUACAAGUUGAAAAUUCCUAAAAUGCAAAAAGACAUCAUCAUUCCUACUUAUAAUAUAGCCACAGUUCAAAAGGGAGCCGUUGUUAUUGAAGGUGUUAGUCGUUCGAGACAUACCUUAUUAGAUGGUGAUACGAAACAUUACGAUUGGGACCGCGGUUAUACAUGCCACCAGCUGGGUUCCGGAGCAAUUUUAAUUCAAUUAGCACAACCAUAUAUUUUGUCCAGUUUAAGAUUGUUGCUUUGGGAUUUAGACGAUCGUAGUUAUAGUUAUUACAUUGAAUCGUCUGUGAAUAUUUGGGAUUGGGAAGUUAUGAUUGACAAAACUAGGGAAAAUUGCCAAUCUUGGCAAGUUGUUAAAUUUCCUCCAAGACCAGUCGUUUAUAUUCGAAUCGUUGGAACUAGAAACUCGGAAAAUGAGGUAUUUCAUUGUGUGCACUUUGAAUGUCCGUCUUGUGACAAAGAAGAUACAACGGUCCAAAGAACAAAAGGGGUUUGUAAUUUUUGGGAAGAUGAAAAUCGCGUUGAUCGUGAACCGACUGAAACGGCAACGGAAGCUGAGGAAGAAGUUCCGGCGGAAUUUCCGAAUUAAAAGCAAAAAUCGAAAUAUUUGUUGAAUAUUUUAAAUUUGUUUAUUUCUUUUUUUUUGUUGACUAUUUCUAGCUUAUUUGUAAUAUUUUCUUUAGACGGUAUGACUUUUUAAAAAUUUCUGUAUGACAAUUUUUAAGUAAUUCACGCAAACACUAUUUCGAAAAUCAAUUUUCAGUGGUCACGUCAACUCUCCAAAUAACUCAAAAAUUAUUCUCUUCCAAUGACCUAACUUUUGGGAAUUUCGAAGUUACAGGGCCGCGAUUUUCGAAAUAUGUGAUAGAGCAUCGUUUUUGUACAGUUCUUGUGAUUAGGUGUAUGUAGUUAAAAAAGAAAGAAAUCUUUGAAGUAGAUUAUGAACAUGUAUACGUAUCAAUAAGUUAUCUUUUUUUUGUAGGUAUGUAUUAGAUUGCAGUAUUUUUAUAUUAUGUAUAUCAACACUUUGUAGCAAUAAACUGGUAUAAAUAAUGAUAGUGAAAAUUUAAAAGGUAAUACCUAAAUGGUGUGCUUUACGCAUAGAGGUAGUAUAAAUAUUAUUUAAUUAUUAUAUCCUAGUGUAUAAAUAGACUGGUUGUGAUUUCUCUACAUUUCAAAAUAAAACACCAAACAUUAAU